GCAGCAGCAGUAGCACCGCCCCCAAGCGCCAAUGAACGCAAAAUCAGCACAAGGACGUGGAAAAAUCGAUAAAAGCACAGACAACAGGACACGACAACGGGCCGGAAGUGCAUUUUUUGUGGGUGUGUGUGCUGGGCGUUGGGUAACGGGCAAAGUAAUAGAAACGGUUAAAAAAAAAAGAGCAGCCUGUUCGGGCAAUUGUGCAAGAAAAAUAUGUAGGUUUUGUGCCACACAAAGGCAAGGAAACUCAAAAGGAAAGCCAACAAAAUGGUGGGCAAAGGAUCGAGCGGCCUGCCCGUCGAUAUGGGCACAGGGACAAAGGAACGCCCUGUUUUCAUACCACCGCGUAAGCGUCAACAAACCAAAACUGACACCAAAAAGCAAAACUAUGUGGACCAUAUAGUCAGUGUGCAGCAAAAUCGUCCCAAGCUGUCGCCCUCGAAUCCGACACUCGAGGAGGAGCUGCUCAAGUCGAAAUUGAUUAUCAAAAACAAGCAGCCGCUGCCACAGCUGCCGGGGGAGUUGGGUGUGCCGAAUGCCCAGGAUACCAUUGCCAGCACCCAUUCGGCCAGCUCCACACAGCAUAGCAAUAAGUCGGCCCGCUCCACGACCAACAUCAAUGAGCUGCAGAACUUCGAGUCGAUCUCCCAGUGCACCAAGUCCACGUCGCAGCGGCAUGAGAGCAGCACGGUCACGCCCAGCAGCUGCUGCUACUCGGAGAGCAGCCUGGACGCCAAGAUAAGCAAGAGCCACGAUUGCCUCAGCAAUCGGUCGUCGUCCAAGAAGCGGGUCAACAUACGCACCGCAGAUCUGCCGGUGACGGCACGGAAUCAACGCUCAUCGCCGGACAUAGCCAACUACGAGGAUCUGGAGUCGGGGGAGACCAGUGUGCUGAACACCUACGACCAUAGCCUGGAGCGGUAUCAGGCACGCAAGGCAGCCGACGGGGGCAACUAUCUGACCAUGACGGGCACCAUUAAGCGCGGCCGGAAGAAGGGCCAGUCCAUCGAUCUGCAGAUCAACAUAAGUCGCGAGGAGCUGGAGCAGCUGAAUGCCCAUGCCAUGGCCAAUGAGUCGCAAAAGGGUCGCAGCCUCUGCUGCACCUGCAGCUGUGCCAUCGGCCUGCACAUCUUUCUCAUCUCGUUGCUGUGCCUGCCAUUUGUGACUAUCAUCUCGGCGGUGUACUCCUUCUACAUCGGCACCCUCACCUGGUACAACAUGUUCAACUACUACUGUGAGGAGAAGUCGUAUCUGCAUAAGAUUUUCGUCACACCGCUGCUCUUUCUGGCCUAUCCGCUGGCCAUAGUUCUGUGCACCUUUGGGCUGGGCCUCUACUCGGGCUUCCGGCAGCUGAGUCUGCAGUACAGCAGCUGGGUGAACGACAUUACGGACAUUGAGAAGGGCUUCUAUGGCUGGCUGUGCGGCUUUCUGCACAUGCCCGACUGUAGUCCCUAUGAGGUGGUUAUACUCACAGACAUUUGUGUGGCGCCGCAGGAUCCACAGCGGCUGCAUAUAACCAAGCCACGCCAGGAGUUAUCCAUGUAGAGAGAGGGCAGGGAAAUCGUCGAUACAAAAGGUGUGUGUGUGCCAGAAAUCGAUUUAAUUUAUAGGAUUUACUGGACGAGACCAGCAACGGCGGUUUCGAAUUUUUCGCGACCAUGAGUGUGAUAUAAAAACAAAAAAAAAAACGUAAAUUACAUUUGCAGUGUAUCUCUGAAGUCUACUCGUAACGACACAAAACUUAAGUUUCCUUUGGCCAAAUUUGUUCCUUUUACUUGAAUGUAUGCAAUUGCAGCUUUAGAGAACAGAAGUACAUACAGUAUAUACGUACGUAGGUAUAUAAACCACAUACCCCAUAGAUAUCCAUGCUAAACCAGAACAUAAUCCAAGCCCUAUAGAGACUAGCAUUUAAGUUAAAUAGAACGAAACAUUUAACACUCGCACAGAAACAACAAAACUCUCAAGUUAUCUUCGGUAUAACCUUGCAAACAGAUCCACAAUAUAUACAUAUAUACAUAUAUAUCGGUAGAAUAUAAUUGUUUUUAUGAAUGAAUUGCUCAAAAAAAAGGUUAGUGUCAUUCUGAACAGGUGUUAAAUGAUUUAACAAAAUUUACUAACAAUAACCAACACUAUUAUUAACUCGUGUUUAACGAACUGUAAACUAAUUUCCAACCCCCACACACAUUACAAAGCACAGCGCUUUUCCAAAUUAAGUUACUAUUUUUAGUACAAACAAACAAAAAAUAUAUAAUUACAGAGUCGAUAUGUUAUCUUUAUAAUGUUAUAGAUAGAUUAUCCAUGGGAAGUACACACUCGGAUUCCAUCCAGCCAUAUCUAUUUCUGAACAUUUUGCAAGGUUAUAGCCGUUAGAAA